AUGCCGCAUGUCGCUGAGAAGUACAAUCUUGACGUCCGAAGUUUGGAGCAGCUAGCACUGGUUUCCAAAAAAGGCGAUAGCUCGGCUGGCAGUGACCCAGCUAGUGAGGUAUUUGCUCGGGUGUGGUGCUGUCACACAGGUACCAAUGCUGUAAUUUGGAAGCAGGAUCAUGGAGGAGAGUGUUGCUUCACAGUGCACUGA